AAAUGGAGGAAAAAGGUAGUGUAUUUUGACAACCGACUUCUGUGAUUAUAGUAUGAAGAACAACGAGGAAUUAUAUUCUAUUUAAGAGAAAAAUUUUAUAAUUUCUUUAAAGAUAAAAUGGAUGUUGAGUAUAAUGAAAAUGGCGAGAUGAAUAAUGAAAUUGAAGAUGUCCCUUCAACAUCCUCCACUCAAGUAGUAUCUUCGAAAGUGCGCAAGAAAAAGAAGAGAAAAAGAAGAAGAAAGCUCUUAAAACAAAUAAUAAUGGGAAUUCCGAUGAAAAUGCAAUGGAAAGUAGUGAAAUAAGUGAGGCUGAAUCAAAGCCAUCAACUGAGCAGCAAGUUUUUCUUCCUGGUGGUCCAAUAGAGGAAGGAGAAGAGUUGACAUUUGACACUUCAGCAUAUAAAAUGUAUCACAAAGUACAUUGUGGUCCCCAUGCUUGAGUUUUGAUGUUAUUACAGAUAAUCUUGGAGAAAAUAGAACAGAAUUUCCUAUGGCUAUGUAUCUUGUUGCUGGAACGCAGUCAGCUAAUGGAAAGCAAAAUUUUGUGAAUGUGAUGAAAAUGUCUGAGUUACAAGAAAUGGAGGAAGAGCGUAGUGAUGAUGAAGAUAUCAUUGAUGAAGAACCUGAGUUGAUAAUGGAACAAAUAAAACAUAAUGGAGUAGUUAACCGCAUCAGGUGCGCACAUAUACCAGGACGUGAAUUAGUGUCAACUUGGUCUGAUACUGGGAAAGUUUGUAUUUGGGACAUCUCUCAUCAAUUUAUUCAAUUAGAUAAUAAGGAUAACCAGAAGAUGACCGAGACAAGUACCAAUCACAAGCCUUUGUAUACUUUUACGGGACAUCAGACAGAAGGCUUUGCAAUGGAUUGGUCUCGAACAACACAUGGAAGGUUGUUAACUGGAGAUUGUCGUAAAAAUAUUCAUUUGUGGAAUCCAACUGACGAUGGAUCUUGGCAAAUUGAUCAGAGACCAUUUUCAUCACACACUAAUUCUGUUGAAGAUCUUCAGUGGAGUCCAAAUGAGCCAACUGUAUUUGCCUCUUGCUCCGUGGACAAAACUAUUAAAGUUUGGGAUAUCAGAGCAGCUCCAUCAAAAGCAUGUAUGCUUACUACCAAUGCGCAUGUUACUGAUGUCAAUGUAAUAUCUUGGAAUAGGAAUGAACCUUUACUUGUAUCAGGUGGUGACGAUGGUAUUGUCAAAAUUUGGGAUCUGAGACGGUUUAAAACCGGCGAGGCUGUCGCUGUGUUCAAGCAUCAUACAGAUGCUAUAACCUCUGUCGAGUGGCUAGCUACGGAUAAUUCAGUAUUUGCUGCUUCGGGAUCUGAUAAUCAGAUCAGCAUUUGGGAUUUGGCUGUCGAGAAAGACGACGAAGAAAAAGGAAAUAGUGUUGAUGUACCACCGCAGUUGUUAUUUAUUCAUAUGGGGCAGAAAGACAUAAAAGAAAUUCACUGGCAUUCACAGUUACCUGGAGUUGUUAUCAGCACCGGAGAAGAUGGUUUUAACAUCUUCAAGACGAUAAGCGUCUAAACACUUGGACGGGAAGAAGUGAGUGUUGAAGUGAGCAAUUUUAUUCGGGGAAAGGGUUUUUUGUUAUCAGACAAAACUGUCAGUUUAAUUAAAGUGGAGGCAAAUAUGCUGUGCUUGAUUUUAAUCCACGCGCAUUUUAAAUCUUUCCGCUUGGCUACUUAUAGGUAGUUAAGCACAUGAAAUUUCCUUUUAGCAUUCUUAUUAAAAAGAAAAUUUGAUGUGCUAAA